GGGACAUGGUAUAGUGGUGACCUUGGCAGUGCUGCAUUAAUGGUUGCACUCCAUGACCUAAAAGGGCUUUUCCAACCUCUACAAUUCUGACUAUACGAAGUGAGAAGGAAAGGAAGAGGGGCUACCAAAUUUCCAUCAUUUGGUGUUAAAUUUUAAAGAAGAAAAACGCUACUAACAUUUUUCAGUUAAUUCACCAUAUGUGAAGACAGGAAAAAGCAGGAUCCACUGGGUCUACCUGCAGCUGAAGAGCACUGAUCAGCAGCCAUUACUUAUUUGGCUAAAUCCUGUAACCUGAGUCUCCGUGGUGCACACAGGAGACGGGUGAAUGCUGCUGGAUAAGAGCCUCAAGCAGCCACACUAAAGAUUUGAUGAAAUGCUCUUAUUAUGAUACUUUGCAGCCUGUAGAAGAUGGUUACCUGAUCCUCUGCUGUACCUGAGCCUCAUUGUUGCAGCUUUUAAUAACUGAAUAUCCAGAGGGCCUCUAAAGGUGCCUUUGAGGAAAGAACUGACCAGAGUCAGUAUUCCCAGCUCAAAAUGGGCAACAAGCAAACCAUUUUCACUCAAGAGCAACUGGAUGCAUAUCAGGACUGCACAUUUUUCACAAGGAAAGAAAUUCUGAGGCUGUUUUACAGGUACCGAGAUCUGGCCCCGCAGCUCGUCCCCCUCGACUACUCUGCCAGCCCAGCCGUGACUCUGCCCUACGAGCUCAUCGGCAGCAUGCCAGAGCUCAAGGACAACCCAUUCCGCCAGCGGAUAGCAGAGGUGUUCUCAGAGCAUGGAGAUGGCAAUAUGACUUUAGAUGAUUUUUUGGACAUGUUUUCUGUGCUAAGUGAAAUGGCUCCCAGAGACCUGAAAGCUUAUUAUGCUUUUAAAAUUUAUGACUUCAACAAUGAUGAUUACAUAUGCAAAUCAGAUCUAGAGAAAACUGUUAACAAAUUAACCCGAAAUGAACUGACCCCGGAAGAAGUCAGCCUUGUGUGCGAAAAGGUGAUUUAUGAGGCUGAUGUGGACAACGAUGGCAAGCUGUCCUUGGCAGAUUUUCAGCGUAUGAUCGUACGAGCUCCAGAUUUCCUCAGCACCUUUCAUAUUCGAAUCUGAAUCUAGUCAACCACGGGGACGGGAGCGCUUCUGGGGCUUUCAACAGCUCUUGAGAUAACCAGCCAUGAAAGCACAAGAUGAGAGGGGCAAAGAGGACAACUUCUGGUAACAGAACCACUCAGAGAACUGUCUUUUGUUUCUCUCUUUCAAGGGAACAAUUAAUUAAUCUCUUCAUCAGGAUUUCCCUGCAAUUUAGCAAAAUGUCUACUCCCCACUCUCAGCUAGAGCAAACCUGGCCUGGACAAUCAGAAGGGAAGUAUUUUUUUUAAAGUUCAGACACCACCAGGUACUAAAGGAACUUGUAUCAAACUAUAACCUCUAAAAAUUCGCCCAAAAAUGUCUUAACCUGUAAAAAAAUCUCUUUAGUUUCCAAAACCUAAGUAACUCCUCUGAUUACUUAUGGUGUUAAUAAACUGUCCAGUGAAUCAAUUCCUGAACUAUUCUCCCACAGUGCAGGAUUUACAAUGAAAA